AUGAACAGAAGUGGGGAAGGCCAAGUUUUCAACUCUCAGUUUGGCAAAUCUUCAAAUUUCAAAAUUUCCAGUUUUCGUCCAGAUGAAGACCACCGCCCGGCGUGCGAGCCAAUCAGGAUCGACGUUUGCAAAGACAUGGCCUACAAUCUGACGAUGAUGCCCAACAUUUUCAAGCAUCAAACUCAGAAAGAUGCCCAAGAGGAAGUGAGCACGUUCAGCUCACUAAUCACAUUCAACUGCAGCCCUUACUUGAAGAUCUUCAUCUGCACCCUCUACGCCCCAAUAUGCACUGAUCUGGACAGUAUACUGACACCAUGUAGGUCUCUCUGUGAAGAAGUCAGGCAGUCCUGUGAGAAGAAUAUGAAUCUGUUCAAUUAUCAGUGGCCGCCAUCAUGGAAUUGUGCUCAAUUCAACAAGCCUACCUGCGUGGGAGAGAACAAAACCCAGCUAUUAAAAGACCUCGACAAACGACAACCUAACACAAAGAUAAAAAACAAUGGCCACACAAAUGCGCUAGAUAGAAAUGGUGACAAAAAGUUAAUGCCUUUACAAUGCCUUCCAAAAAUGAAAGUGCCUAAAAAUUAUCAAUACAGCAUUAAAAUUAGCAAUAAUAAAAUUAAAGAUUGCGGUAUGCCAUGUUCCUUUGAUGGUGAUUCAUUUUUUGAUGCGAGCAAGAAAGCUUUUGCAUGGUACAUGGUGGGGACAGCUUCCAUCAUCUGCCUGAUUUCAACACUCUUCACACUGAUUACAUUUUUGGUAGAUAUGGAUAGAUUUCCCUACCCAGAAAGACCCAUCAUUUUUCUCUCCGGAUGUUACCUAGCGGUCUCCAUCUCAUUCAUCAUCGGUUUCGCCACUGGAAAUAAUGUUGCCUGUGUUGGGCCGUUUUCAUCUGAAGAGUCAAGUCUAGAUUAUGCACAAGCAUCAAAAGUUGUCAUCCAAGGAAAAGAUAAAGAACUAUGCACAGUUGUCUUUGUGAUCCUCUACUACUUCAGCAUGGCCAGCUGCUUGUGGUGGGUCAUCCUGACCAUCACCUGGUUUCUGUCGGCCAGUCUGAAGUGGGGUCAGGAGGCCCUCAAUAAAAAUUCUCAUUACUUCCAUUUGAUUGCCUGGUCACUACCGGCCGUUCAGGUUAUUGCCAUUUUAGCCCUGGAUAAAAUAGAGGGAGAUAACUUGGUUGGUGUCUGUUACGUGGGGGUCUACGAUGAGAAGGCACUGGUCAUCUUUGUCAUCGUACCGUUGGUCGUGUACCUGUUGGUUGGUAUCUUCUUCCUGAUGGCUGGUUUGUUCUCGCUGUUCAAAAUACGAACUGCCAUGAAGCAGGAGGGUUUUGGUACUGAAAAGUUGGAGAAGCUGAUGCUGCGUAUUGGGGUGUUCAGUCUGUUGUACACAGUACCAGCUGGUGUGGUGGUAGCCUGCCAUAUUUAUGAACUAACCCUGAGAUCUGAUUGGUUGAUGGCCUGGUACACGAAGACAUGUUACAAAUACAACUACCUCUCUUGCCCUGUACUUUCGUUUCGAAAGCAAUACGACGGUGAUGCUAAAAACUCUCCUGAUUUUACGAUAUUCAUGAUCAAGUACAUGAUGAUGUUGCUCGUAGGCAUCUGCUCUGGGUUUUGGGUCUGGUCGGGGAAGACGUUUCUAUCGAUUCGUAGAAAAUUAUGCUGCUGCUGUUCUAGUGUCUUUGGUGAAGCGGACGAUGAUGACGUGAAGAAAAACUCUCCACCGAACGUUCCACCAUGCAGAAAUAACUUCUACACUGGAGUUAAUGGUGGAAAUGAACAAUUUCAACAGUCCCAUGGCACUGGUGUUGGUGGGGGUGGUUCCAAAGUUUAA